CACUACUUCCUUGUUUCCACCAACACAGUUUUCAGUGUGCUAACCAGAAUUGUUUCGCCUUUAACUGACAAGCUUUAGCAUGUGAUCUCUAUUCUGAAAUUUAAAAUUUAGUUUAUUUCUAGAUCUUAGAUUUUAUACUUCAAAAAAUGGGUGAUAAAAUUAAUAGGGCUGGAAGAGGAGAAGCGCUUCGGAAACUCCUCCAGCGGCAGAAUUUGGAGCAGCCACCCCCAGAGCCAGAACCGCAGGAGGCGAUGGGUGUUCAACGCCCGCCAGCGAUGGCUGGCAUGGGUAGAUCCGCAUUUUUUGCCCGCCUCCUAUCAGAUUUAGACAAAAAACCGCCUCAGACAGAGCCUGAACCAAAAGUUGAUACUGCGAGUAGUACACCUCAAGAGGCAUUGCCAAGGCGAGGGUUCGGAAGGGCCAAAUUAAUGUCUCGGAUGACUUCAUCUCCAACAUCCUUAAAAGAAGAGAGUCAACCGCCUUUACCAAAACCUGUGACCUCACUUGAGAAAAGCAUGUCUAAACUUUCAGUUAAAGAGAGCGCGUCAGACGACAGUUAUAUUGAACCUGUUGUUAUGCUUGGAUCAUCUGGGACUAAAAUCGAUGUGGUUUGUAACUACAUUAGAUUGAAAGUGGAACAAGGCAAAGGUGUUUUUCAAUACGAUGUCCGUUACUCACCUGAAGUUGACUCAAAACAUUUCAGAUUCGAAUUAUUAAAAACAAUGCAAAAUGUAAUCGGAGAAGUAAAAUCUUUCGACGGGCACGUGCUCUACUUGCCAUUUCAGCUACCUAAAACUGCUACCAUCGGCCAUGCUAACCUGCCUUCAGAUAAUUCACCAGUCACCAUUACGAUUACGUUUGUUAAAAAAUUAUACACUGGACACAGGGAAAUGAUUCACCUUUAUAAUCUCCUGUUUAGAAAGAUAAUGCAUAAUUUAGGACUAGUGUUACACGGCCAACAUUAUUUCGACCCAAAAGCUAACAAAAGUGUACCAGCUCACAAAUUAGAAAUAUGGCCUGGGUAUAUAACUUCGAUUCAGGAUUUUGAAGGUGGUUUGAUGUUGUGCUGUGAUGCGUCUCAUCGGGUUUUAAGGACUCAAACAGUCCAUCAGUACAUGAAAGAUAUAAUGCAACUCAACAGAGCAGAAUGGAAAGAAGUAUUUAUAAAUGCGAUUGUCGGAAAUUCCGUCCUAACACGUUACAAUAAUAAGAUUUAUCGUGUUGAUGAUAUCGAUUUUGAUCAUAAUCCGCAGAACACUUUUCCUUAUAAUGACGGUUCACAGAUGAGCUAUGCUAACUAUUAUGAAAAACAAUAUAACAUAAAGAUUACAGAUUAUAGCCAGCCUUUAUUAAAAAGCAGGGUCAAGAGUCGAAUUAAAGGACAGCCUGAAAUGGCGAUGGUAGAUUUAAUACCUGAGCUUUGUUACCUCUCUGGGUUGACGGAUGAAAUGCGCGCUGACAUGAGAGUUAUGAAGGAUGUUGCACAGUAUACAAGAAUCUCACCUGGCCAGAGGCAAUAUGCCCUUCGUGAAUUUAUCCGAAAUAUAAACAGUAAUAGUGAUACUAUGAAACUUCUAAGUAAUUGGGGUCUAAGCCUAGAAAAUGAUUCAAUUCCAUUGCAAGGGCGUGUACUUAUGCCAGAAGAUAUUUAUUUUGGCAAUAACGCCGUCCACAAAGGAAACCAUUCAGCAGAAUGGUCUAAAAUGGCUUCCCAAAGCCCCGUUCUUACUGCUAUUGAAAUUCGACAUUGGAUUAUUGUGUGUACUCACCGUGAUGAAAGAAAGAUCAAUGAGUUCGUCCAAAUGGUAAUGAAAUGCGCUCCUCAAAUUGGCAUUAAAGUUUUCCCUCCGCGCAUUUGUACUAUUCAGAAUGACAGCACUCAGAAUUAUAUAUGUACGCUUCAUUCUGAACUGCGAAAUGAAACUCAGAUCACUGUUAUAGUGUUUCCAAAUGCUCGUGUGGAUAAAUAUAGUGCUGUAAAAAAACUGUGCUGCAUUGACAAACCUGUGCCUUCGCAAGUGAUUCAAACAAGAACCAUAUCCAGGCAAGAUAAAUUGAGAAGUAUUACACAAAAAAUUCUCUUGCAAAUGAACUGUAAACUUGGUGGCACACUAUGGUCUGUAAAAAUGCCAGUUAAAUCGACAAUUGUAAUAGGCUUAGACACUUUCCAUGACACUAGUCGUAAAUCAAGUAGCAUCGGUGCUGUUGUGGCGUCUUUAAAUACACCUCUUACUAGAUGGUAUUCUAAAAUUUACAAACAAUUACCUGGUGUAGAGCUCAUCGAUGGUCUGGAAAUUUGUUUGCUAAGUUGCCUUCAGAAAUUUAGAGAAAUAAACGGGUUCUAUCCUGAACAGAUAAUACUGUACAGGGAUGGUGUUGGCGAUGGCGACUUGACGUAUUGUAGGGAUCAUGAAAUUCCUCAGAUAAUUUCGGCUUUUAAUAGAAUAUCACCUGACUAUAACCCCAAAUUCCUUGUAGUUAUUGUACAAAAGAGAAUAAAUACACGUAUUUUUGCUACGGAGAGAAAUGAUUUUUCAAAUCCUCCACCUGGUACUAUCAUAGAUCAUACAGUUUGUCGACGGAAUUUCUACGAUUUUUUCCUUGUAGCUCAAAAUGUCAGACAGGGAACAGUCACACCGACCCAUUAUGUUGUGAUAUACAAUACGACGAAUAUGUUACCAGAUCAUGUACAAAGAUUAAGCUUUAAACUGACGCAUAUGUAUUAUAAUUGGUGUGGUACUGUUAGAGUACCAGCUCCUUGUCAGUACGCUCAUAAACUGGCGAGCCUCGUCGGAGAAAGUCUUCACAAGGAGCCUGCGGAAUGUUUGAAUGACAAAUUGUUCUUUUUGUAAUUUUACCUUUUAUUCAAACAAAAAGAAACUACACAAGUUUUUUCUUUUUUAAAUGUCAAGUCUUAUUUUUAUAUUGUUUAUAAAGUUUAAUUUUUUUAAGUGUAUAAAAUUUAUAAGAUAUAAUUUUCAACAUGACCAAUUGAAACUAUAAAGAGUGGUAAUUUGUCGUACAUUAAAUUUUUUUUAAAAAUAUAUAAAAUAAACUUAAUGAAUGAAAGCUAGUUUGUUAUUUGGCUUUUGUAAAAAAAAGUAUUAGGAAAACAUAAUAAAAGAAGAUAUGUUGUAAUUAAUGUUUUUGAAUUAAGAAAUCCAAAGCAAACCAUUAUUGGGUAGAAUACAGCUGUGAUUAAUUAUUAUUCUCAAUAAUAUACUUAUUUUUCAGAAAUGUUUACUUUUAAGUUUAUUACUGGUUUAAGUACUUUACUAUUGUUAAAGACAACGCUUAUUAGCUGUAUAUGUUCAAUUAUGUUCUAGUUUUUAUUUUGUUUUGACUCAAUUUUGUAUUUUAAAAUGU